AUGGAUGUAUCUCUUCCAUCGCCGCCGGCUGUGAGUGCAUUGCGUGAAUCAUUUGGCGACCGCAAGCCUCCCGACAUUACUCGCAAGAUCACCGCAUGUGUAGCAUGUCGAAAACAAAAGGUGAAAUGCCAUAUGCGGGAUGGUCAGGCCCCAUGUUCCCGGUGUAAGAAACGAGGCCUGCCCUGUACCGUCAAUCGAAGCCUGCAGACGCUGUUAGAAGAGGAUGUGACGUGGAAAGGGGCAGUAGUAAGAAAAAUAAAGUGCCUCGAAGAGGCUAUCGCCAAGAUCGCAUCAAAAGUCGAGAUGCCCGAAUUGGAAUUACAAGCACCACAGGAACAUGAGUUACAACCAACAAGCCCACCGCCUAUGGAAAUGCCAGACGUAGAGUCAUCAAUUUUGAGCUCAGCAUCACCCUCCAAGGAUGUCCAAGACACAUUGCAGACAUGGGAAGUGGUGAUGGACCCCAGAGGAGGGCCAGCAUCGAUUCCAGCUUCUUGCGUGUCUGAGAGCAUACGAGCUGCUGCAUUGCCAAAUAGUCUUCCCAAAUCUCGCCGGCCGGAUCUGAUCUCGACUGGACUUAUUACGCUUCGUCAGGCAUUGGCGUUGUUUGACACGUACCAUUUGCGACUGGAUCACUUCUUGUACCGCAUACUCGGAGAUCACAUCAGCCUAGACUCUGUCCGAAUAGCCUCCCCGUUGUUAGCAGCAGCUGUUUGUACGGUUGGAGCUUUGCAUUCUCCAUCGCUCGGCCAUCUGUUUGAGAUCUGCUAUGCCGAAUUCAAAAGCCUAGUGGGGUGGCAGAUCUUUUCCAGAAAUGCGAACGAAGACGACAUCCGUGGGUUGUGCAUAGGCGCUUUUUGGCUGCAUGAACUUUCCUGGGCAUUGAUUGGAAAUGCUGUUCGAGUGUCAUCCGAUAUCAAUCUUCAUAGCGGGAUCUACAAAGCCCUCAAGGGCGAUCGUGAAGGAUAUGUUCAGGCUCGACUGUAUUACCUUGUUUAUGUAUGCGACCACCACUUCUCGAUCGCUUAUGGUAAACCUCCAAUGUCUCGAGAGGGGUUCAUUAUUGAUUCUGCCAGUCAGUUGCUACAAACCAAACAUGCGACAGAGGAUGAUGCCAGAUUGAUCAGCCAAGUCAAAGAGUGGUCACUUUUGGGGCGAGUUUUUGACACAUUUGGUGUGGAUGUGGAUACAGCCAUCGCUCCUGAGACCAUACAACAGCUCCGGCGUUAUUCAAUCGGCUUAGAUACAUGGUUCGCUGAUUGGAAUGAAAGUUUUCAGGAGAGUCGCAACGUUGGAAACUACCCUAGAAAGGGCGUUGGGUUUCAUUUUCAUUUCGCGAAGCUGUACCUCUGCUCCCACGUGUUCCGUGGCAUUCCCACGGCAGCGAAGGCAGCCCAGUGUUUUUCUCCAGAGCUGGAAGAAAUCGCCAGUGCAGGAGUCUUAUCAGCCAUGUCCAUUCUUCGGGUGAUUGUUUCCGACACAGAGUUUCAGUCGUUCAUGAACGGCCUUCCUCUAUAUUUUGACACCAUGCUCGCAUUUGCCGUGGUAUUUCUGCUCAAAGUCGCGACCAAGUAUGCAGCUGUGAUCAGAAUAGACAGUGCCAAGAUCCUCUCUCUGGUCACUCAGACAGUGGCUACACUACGCGAAAUUACUCAGUCCAUGCACCGUCAACACUUGCUGGUUGUUAUAGCAGAGGGACUUGAAAGGCUGCUAUGCAGGUGUCAAGUCCCCGUACAACCAUCCCAAGACUCUAUGUACCAUCCAUCUCCCGCGAUUGAUCAAAAUGGUCAAUUUGAGAUGACGUGGAUGGAGAACAUGGCAAGCUUUGAUUUCCAAACUAAUUUCCCAGAUAUAGACGAGUGGUGGCUUCAUUAUAGUACGUCAACAGGCCCAGCUCGCCCUAUGGCACCAGGCUAG